CUUGUUUUUGAUAAUUCUAUAUUGGAAGCAAUGGGUGGAAGUUUGAUAAAUGAUGGUUGGGAGUCUAAUGAUGUUAGAACCGUUGUUUUAGUUGGACGUACUGGCAAUGGAAAAAGUGCAACAGGCAAUAGCAUUCUUGGAAGGAAGGCUUUCAAGUCAAUAAAAAAUCCUGCUGGAGUUACAAAGACUUGUGAACUGCAAAGAACUGUAAUGAGUAAUGGCCAAGUCAUCAAUGUUAUUGACACUCCUGGACUAUUUGAUUUUUCUGUUGCUCCAGACUUUAUUAGCAAGGAGAUCAUGAAUUGUAUUAAUCUAGCCAAAGAUGGAAUUCAUGCAAUUAUUGUUGUUUUCUCAGUCAGAAGUCGUUUCUCAAAAGAAGAAGAAGCUACAAUUCAUAGUUUGCAGUCUUUCUUUGGGAAGAAAUUAACUGACUACAUGAUUAUAGUUUUUACUGGUGGGGAUGAAUUUGAUGAAGAUGAGACAUUUGAAGAUUAUCUGAGUCGGGGCUUUCCUGAGAUUUUUCAGGAAAUUCUCCGCCUGUGUAAAAAUCGAGUUGUACUUUUUGAUAACAAGACAAAGUCUGAAACUAAGCAAGUUCGACAGGUCCGACAACUGCUCUCCCUUGUGAACAUGGUCAUUGCAGAAAAUGGUGGUCAGCCAUAUUCCGAUGCGUUCUUGGCUGAAGUGAAGGAAGGGGCUAGGAAGUUACGUGAAAAACAGGAGGUUGAGUCUUUAAAGGGAUACUCCAAAAAUGAAAUGUCGGAACUGAAGGAGCACAUACAUAAGUCAUAUGAGGAGCAACUCAAGCGAAUAACUGAGACAGUUGAGUCAAAGCUUAGGGAGACUACCAAGAGGCUUGAGCAACAAUUGGCAGAAGAGCAAGCAGCUAGACUGAAGGCAGAGCAGUUUGCACUAGCUACUCGAGCGAAAUCAAAUGAUGACAUUUGGAACCUGAGGGAGAGUUUGGAAAGAGCCAAGAGGGAGACUGACGAACUUCGCAGGCAAUCUGAAAGUGGCAGGUGUGCCAUUCUAUGAUUGGUUGCACAUUGCCUGUGUACUUGAACCAUGUACAUUUUCCAGGAGACAACACCCUAUCACUGAUUAAGAUGCAAUAUUCUCUAUAUGUACAUAUUAUAAUAUAUAUAUAUAUCAUUGUUCUACACCAACAUAUGAAAUGAAUACUGAAUCUAAUAUUUAUUUUUCUCAUAAGUUCACCACUGGAUGAGUAUGAUUUCUAAUAUUGGGAAGAGUUACCUCCUCCAUUGAUU